AUGACUAGCUUAAGAGCAAGAAGACGUUCAUCUAAUCCAGUACUAACCAGGGAAUAUCGCAGAUUGAGAGGAGUAUGGGAUGAAGAAUACCGCAACUUGGCAAUCAACGAAUGGAGAAACUGUUUAUUUACAGAUGAGUCUAGAUUCCAUAUAAAUAAUUCCGAUUAUCUAUUCUUUGUGUAUUUCUGCGUUGGAACUGUUAUAUACGGAGCAGUUCCCAUAUUAGAAUUGAAAGCUUGCAACGAACGACGGAUAUCAGAAGAAUAUCGAAGGCAUGACCCUUGCGGCAUACCUUUGAGAACGUGGAGUCCUCUGGAUGCCACAGAUCCAAUUGAGUUUUUCGUUUUAAUGGCUAUCCAUACACCUUCUUGGCUUAUGAUUGUUGCUGUUAUAAUGGCGAUCACUUUAACGCUAGUUGUUUUAGGAUUUCUCAUCCAUAUAAAUGCUCAACUUCAAUACUUACAAUCAAAUAUUCUUCACAUGUUUGACGAAGCUAAAGACCAUCUGAAAAUUAGGGAAAGCAGAGUACGAAUGUGUACCGAAUACCAUAUAGCAAUAAUUAGAUACACCAAAGAAGUAUUUGGACACUUCGAUCUUUUACUUAUAGUUCAUGUGUCGCUUACCUCUCUCAUAAUGGGAGUUUUGUGCUUUCAAAUGGUCUUUGAAGAAAACGCAUCAGAUAAAUUAAGAUAUUUUCUGCAUUUAGCUGGAUGGGUAGCAGUAUUGUUUUUAACUUGUUAUUAUGGACAGCUUAUUCUAACACAGAGCGGAUUGAUCGGAAAUGCAGUAUACAAUUCUAAAUGGUAUAACUGCCCUCCAGCCUUGCAGAAGUCAGUUUUGCUUAUGAUACUUCGUUCUCAAAGACCAUUGCAAUUAACAGCUGCUUCUAUCAGUACACUUUCUUUACAGACGUUCCUAUCGAUAAUCAAGGCAGCGUACUCAUUUUUUACUCUGCUUUUAACAAUGUCCAAAUAAUACUCCCCAGUGUGCUGUUGGCGCUGAUACUUGCAGAUUCCACGAAAAACUAACUUUAUGCCACUCUGUUUCUAUAGUAGAUACAAUGUUUCAACACGAAAAUAAAAUA